UUUCGAGAAUAUUCUCUCCAGAUCUCCAUCUAUCACUACGCUCUCUCCCUGGUAGCAGCGGCGGCGGCAAUCGGGCGUAGCAGCGGCGAACGGCGAGCGGUGUAGCACGGGACGGUGGACUGAGUCGGCGACCAAGAAGAAGCCCAGCAGGGAGCUCCACUUCAGCGAUUAAUCAAAGGAGCAUGGAACAGUGACAGUGGACUGAGCCGGCGACGAAGAAGAAACCCUGCAGCAACUUUCUUCAGUUUUGGUGAUUUCACCUCCUAAAAAAUCCAAGAGAUGGGCUUGUGGAUGCUGCUGGAGGGUUUCCUGCUUCUCGCAAACUCGUUGGCGAUACUGAACGAAGACCGCUUUCUUGGUCCCAGGGGAUGGAGCAUGUCUGAAGUUUCAGGAAAUGGGCAAACCAAGUCCUUGAAGGGCCAGAUCGUGGGGCUCAUCUACGCCACUCAGUUUUUGCGGAUGCCCUUGAUAGCGCUUAAUAUUCUUAUAAUCGUUGUGAAAAUGGUCUCCGGCUGAGGCUCUCCGUGGUGUCUCAGCUGUUGGGUUUGAGCUGAUCUCGGUUUCAGCAUCAUGUAAAAUCUGGCCAUGUCCAGAUGUUGCUGCAAGAAUGCUCAUGAUGGGCGACGACUAGGUUCCUCACGUUAAGUUGCUGUAAAAAUCUUAUCUACAAACACUUUGCACUCACGUUAAGGUGACUGAGGAACUCAGUGUUGGAGAUU